CGAUGUAGUGCUUCAUCCCUAAGAAUAUUACUUGGCUCGUUGCUUUAAGAACAAUGCAGACCUCAAAUAAUUCAUGUCAUUUUUACCAAUCGCUGCCCGUUCAUUCGAACAUUCGAUUGGCAAUUUUUGCAGAUGAUCCAUAAUUCUUGAGUAUGGAGAAUAUCGUGCGUAGUAAUUUAUUGCCUUGGAAGAAAUGCAAUUUCGACUAUCUGAAGGCAAUGGGAUGGAAAGAAAUUGAACAAGAGCAGUCAUCAGAAUUCAAAAGCAGUAAACAAAGAAGAAGAAAUUGAGAACCAUUUGUUAUCGUCGUUUUUACUUGUUUGAAUUAAUUUCAACUCUGUGGGAAGAACGAUUAGAUCCAAUAAUGAAUACCUUAGCGGUAAAUGAGAAAGCUAAGAAAACUUUCAGUCCCAAGCAUAUUUUAUUGACCUUAAAAAAAAAUCCCGGACAUUCCCACAUGUGCGCAGUUAUUAGUCCUAUUGAUAAAAACCAAGAUGCGAAAGUAUCUGUUGGAAAAUUACGCAAAAUGAAAAAGAACAUUUGUGAGUCAGUUAGCAAAAAUGUCCGCAGUAUUGUACUCAAGGAUGUGGGCAAUUUGGAUAAAUCAAACAUAGCCGACCUAUCGUUACCGAAAAUAACUCAAAUUUUUCGAAGUAACAAGACAUUGCCAAACAUGGAGCAAAGUUUUGCAGUUGACAAGGGUCUGUUUACCGAAUCACAAUUCCUCCACAAAUGUACGAAUAUGUUACACGAGCAGCGAAGAUUGGACAUUUUUUUCAAUAAAUCAGUGAAGAUAAAUACGAACGACUCAAAGAGUAGGACUCUAGAAUUAUCUCUGAACAAACAUAGUAGAUUCAUUCCUAAUAUUUUGAAGAGUACAAAAAUUAUUGAUGGUACUUUCAGCAGUAUUACCGAUCCAACCGAGUCUGAUAAUGCAAGCGUUACGAAAUGUAAUGAAGCUAGUGAACAUGGUGUAGAUAAACUAUUAAAAAAAAGAAAGAGGAAGCAGGUGCUGAGGCCGCUAAAUUUAAAACGUCACCAUUCAAAAAUAAACCAAACCUUAUCAAGAAAAAAAAAAAUCAAGCGAUGUGUGCCAGAUUUUUGUAAUAAUCACAAUUUAACUGAAGAUAGUAACUCCGCAAAUUCUGAUGUAAAUCCAACAAGCAUAUCAGAGCAAGAUGGAGAAGAACCAAAAAAAGGACAUUCAGGGAUUUCAGAAGAACUAAUGCCGGACUCUAUCGACUGUGAAGAGCUUCAUACAGCUGAUCUGGAAGUUCUAUGUAAGACUGAAAAUUUGUCUGAUGACAGUGAUGGUGCGAGUACCCAUUUUGAUCAAUCGGUUGAGAAGAUCUUUGAAGAAUUCAAAGAACCAGAUUAUAAAAAUUACAUUGCUUCCGAAGAUCUUCAUUUCGAUAUUGAUGAAAUGGAUAAAUUGCUGAGUUCUGACAUAAAUAGCUUGCUAUUAGAAUCGGCAGCCAUUGUACAACCAAGUACAAAUAUAGUGGAAUACGAUGUAAAUGGUAAUGAUAUUGUUAGACACUGCAGAGAAUUUGAAAAUGGAUAUAAUAAAACAGCGCAGGCACAGGACAGCAGUCGUAAAAUUACACAGUGUUAUAACAAUAAGUUUGAGAUGCCAAUUAAUACAUUCACAAGAAUGAUACAUUCUGAUAACUUGGAUGAUAGUUGUUCUAACACUUUUGACCGUGAUUGGGAUAUUGAAUUUCCUCAGAUAGAUUUAUGGUGGAAUGAGUUGGAGGAUCGUUAUACCAGCGAUGAUUUUCAAGGAUUUCAACAGACUCUUGACAAGUCGACAUUCUCUACGUACAUUGGUUCUGACAAUGAGCCUGAAAGUGGUGAACUCAAUUACACCAAGAGUUCGAAUGUUACUUUACCAAUAACUGAUGAGUUCAAUAGCUCUGCAAUUUCACUGGUUGUUAGUAACGAGGUUCCCGAUAACGUUUUCAGCGACGAAUUUAAUGAACCGUCUUUAGACAGUUUGCAAUCUGAUGACGACAGGUUGAAGAAACUCUUGGAUUCCAAUUGUAACGUUGGGAAAUACCACCUAAAUGCUAGUCGUAACAGUGAAUAUAAUAAUUGCGUUUCUCUGGAUUUCGAUACAAAUUGUGAACUGUUCAAAAGUGGGAAUUACUUGGUAGACAAGAAACUGAACACUGAUUUACUGGAGGAAGGAAUCUACAACGAUUUUAAUGCAUUAUUUGAUUUUAACGACCAGUUUCUUGAUGAUGAGAAGUGUGACAUGAAUGGAUUGGAUAUUCAAAAUGGUAACAUUGAAGUUUCACAAUCUAUGAAACUAGGCGAUACAUUUCUAAAUUCUUUGCGGUCUGUUUCGGAUGUUCCACCACAGUCCUGUACAUUUAAUGAUCUUCACAACGGUCUGAGUUUGGACCUCGAAAAAGAGUUUCAUGCUAAUAGUAUUUUAAUAUCUAACUAUCACAAUUCUUGGAAUAAUGACACUGAGUUUGAGAAACUUGUUCAGAUAAAAGCAAAAAAUACUGAGACAACUGAUUACGAUAUCGAGUCGUCAUGCUUGAAGGCCUCAGAAAAUGAACACUCUGCGUUCCAAAAUGUCGUUCAAACUGAAAUGCUUACACGUUGCCUUGAAACCGAGCAUCUGGAUUGUACUGAUUCGGUAUUAGGAAAUAUAUUGUCGAGAAGAAAGAGGGCGCGUCCCUCAACCUGCGAUGCCAAAGUCAUUGAUACUGAUACUAUGCAAUCGUGUAGUCGAUGCUCACCACUAUGGAUGAUUAGGAAAAGAAAUCUGAACAAAUUAAGUACGUCGAAAUUGGAAAGCUUAGCACAUGGUGCAGACAAUUGUUUGGAUUUUCUGCCAUUGAUAUCACUUAGAAGUGUUUCGGAAAUCUCUUGUAAAGAUACACAGUCUUUUAAAAGUGGGAAAAAUUAUAAAGACAUCCAUCGAUUACCACUGGAAAAUAACUCAGACGUUAGCAUCUUCGAUUCCGCAAAAAGGUUCUACAGCAAAAUGUCUGGCACUCAAACCUGCACAAAUGCAUCACACUUCAACUUCACUCAGGAAUCAAAUGUGACUUAUCGACACUUUGUACCCAAUUUAAACGAGUCUCUCCACCAAAAAGAUCAAGGUCAAUCAAUGACGUGUAAACUAUCUUCUUUAGAGAAACUUGGAUCAACGCACGAGCUUAUUACUAAUUUGGAAAAACCAAGUGAAGUGGGAAAGGGUAGGUACCGUUAUAGCAGGGGUCGGUUUUUGCAAUACUUACAAGCUGUGAAGAAUAGUUCUAAAAGGAAAAGUAAUAAGCAGAUACGUAACACUGCACGAAUGCCUUGCCCCUACUGCGAUAAAACAUACAAAUCAGAUGUGACCUUGGAUAACCAUGUGAAGGAUAUUCAUCGUUAUCGACCAUCCCAGUUUAUUUACAAGGACAAAAAAUACAUUUGCAACAAGUGCUCAAAGGAAUAUGUCAUGUCUACAGCCAUAGAGAAACACUUCAAACUGCACGAGGAUUAUAGUUUGACCUGCAGGCAAUGCCAAGAACAUUUCUCUGAGAAAAAAUUUCUGAUGCGCCACAUAAAUAAAUACCAUUUGAUUCAAGAAUUCCACUGUAGCUCUUGUAACCGGAAAUUUACUAGGAGAAAAGAGUACACACAACACUUGAACGAAUGCGAAGGUUGUGAAGAUUCUUCUUCCUAAACGUUCACGUCUAAUACCUCACACACGACCGGAAAGGUUAGUGGUGGAUCCCAAUCAUCGUUAACUUAGGUUUACAACUGUACUUUAAUUGUCCUCUGUAGUUCUUAUGUAUGUCAGAUUCCACAGCAUAAAUUGUUAUAUUUUAAAAUGGGCUUAGACAUCGUCUUGUCAUAAGUACCUUCGAAAGGUCAAUGUGAUAUUGAAAUCCAAAGAGCAAAGAACGUGUAACCUAAAGUACAAAUCGAGCACAAGAAGAUGUUUUUCUGAUUGUACAAAUAACAGAAACAUGCAAGCAUGUUUCUCAUAUCCUAUAGAAAAUCAUUGUUUUUGUUCUUGAGACGAAUAAUUUUUAAUUUGAUAUCAGAUAGAUUUCAUAAGUUGUGUUACUGCCCAGUAUUGAAACCCAAGGCUCAAUGGUCAAAUAUAUUAUUACGAAAUUUCUCGUUAUUAAGAAACUUAAUUGGUAUAAAACGUUUGUUAGAUUUGAUAAGAUUACAGUUUGUUAAAAAAAAUGUUCACCUAUAAUCACAAUGUAUUACCAGAACUUGUUGACGAAAAAGGUGGAGAGUCUUGGACACUUUGAGGUAUUUAAACUGAGUGUCAAAUCUACAGCUUUGGGUAUUUUUUUUACAAGUUCUGAAAAGUUCUGUGAUUAAUACCUUUCUCAAAAAGGCUGAAAUUUCCUUGGCUAAGCUUUUCUAGUGUUUAAUGAAUGGUGAAUAAUCUUUUUCAACUGAAAGAAUAUAAAUCACUGACUGUAUGUGAUUAAAAAAUCCCUGGAGGAUUGCAACAGUAUUCAUUGUUGAAUAAGUAGGUAUAUCGUUUAUAGAAAAUUAACAUUAGUCGGAAGAUUCUCAUAUUAAGUACCAUUAAAAAAGAGAAAUUUAUAAUAUUAUGUCUGGCACAUUUUCUUAAUUAGAAAUUGUCAAUUUUAUGAUAUAGUAACCGUACUGAUUUUUGUAUGCAUCAAAUUUUCUGUUUUUCUUCUUGGGACUGUUCAAAGUAUUUGAACAGUUCAACUCAAACUACGGCACAGUUAAUUUAUAAACUGAUAAGAUAUGGGAAGGAAUUUAAAAAUAUUUAACACAACUAAAUUUAACGUGAAACCAUAUUUCCAAUUUUGAACAGAAGUAGAGGUUGCCGAAAAAAUACUUUGAAGCUGGGCAAGAUGUCUUGUAGUGAAGCACGCCAUCGGUUACAUAUUCUACAUGUGGUUAGUUAUUACAAAAAUUGAUAACCACAUCGUCAAAAAGUAGCUUCAUCUGUAAUAUGAAGUACUCCAUAAAAAAAAAAAAAAAAAAAAAACAGACAGCCAUCCACAAAACAAAUUAAUCAGUGUGUAUAUUGUUUAUUAAUAUAAAUUCCAUUAUAAAAUGCGGAGCCAAUAUAAUAACAUUCCAUUGGAAAAUGUAUAAAUUUGGUCAUCUUUUAAUGCUGAUUUCUUAGUCAAUAUUCUACAUGCAUAAAAUUUGUACUAUUGCUUCGCAAUACACUAAUUACUUAGUCUUUCAAUUUUUUAGUAUAAUCUUAAAAUAUAAUAGGAUAUGUCAGGAUGCUAAUAAAUUUCGAAUUCUUUUUAACUGCUACUUGAAGUUCUGACGAAUAUAGACAAUAUACCUGUUUUUUCUUUUUAUCAAUAGCAAUAAUGCAUUUUGUAAGUAAUAAUACUUAUGUAUCGGUUAUAUCAUUUUGUUCUUUAAGUUCAAGGAUUUUGAAUGUAGUGUACUAUACUUCCGUGAAUACCACCAAUACUUCAUAUUUUAACAUUUGGAUUUCAUUUUAAUACUUUUAUUAAUCAACAUUUUUUGACACUGAAGUUUGUUUUCAAGUUAUUUGAUUUUUUAGG